AUGACCCCCUCCGUCUCCUCUCACGUCCCCUCCUCCACAACCGCGCACUCCGCCGCCCUCACCCUCCUCACCCACCUCUUCCCCCACACUUCUCCCCCCUUCCUCGCAUCCUGCGUAACGCACCACCUCGCGCGUCAGCCGACUCUGAAGGCGGAGGAAGUUGUUGAGAGGGUGGGGGAGAAGCUUUUGGUGGAGGAGAGGGAGGAGGGGGGGUGGGAGAUGGAGGGGGAGGAGGUGAGGGGGUGGAUCUGGAUAGCGACGACUUCUUUGGAUAGGAGGGGAGGGGAGGGGAUUGCGGGGAGGGAGGAGGUUAGGAGGGCUUUUGGAAAGGAGAAGCGGAGGGGACGGGAGGACGGCGGUAGGAAGGAUAACGGAAGGAAGAGGACGAGGAAGAGGAGAGUGGACGAGACGCUUGCGCGCAACCUUGCUUUGAUCCGCCUGCACGCCCUCUUCCCUCUCGAACCCAUCUCCUCACUUCGCUCGCUCGUCCUCAAGGAGAAGGAGUCGUUCCUCUCACGUGCUGUGGAAGAGGUGCUGCGUUUUCAGGUUUUGCGGAACCGGAGGGCGCGGGAGAGGCGAGAGAGGGAGGGGAGACAAGGAGGGAUGUUUUGGAGGGACGUGUGGGAGACGUUGUUCCCUCCUACUCCUUCACGAGUCGAUACGAAGGGCAAAGGACCGGCUCGUGACGACGAGUCGGAGACCCCGCCCGUCUUGACGCCAGGCGACCUCGUCCAUCCCUCCUCAUACAACGCCGCCCUCUCGUCACACUUCCACUCGCUCUUCCCGCUCCUCUCUUCUACGCAACCCGGACGGAUAGAGGAAGUCGUCGAGCGCGAAGGCGGGACGUACGAGGGGAUGAGAGGAAGGUUGGAGGAGGAGGAGUUGCGGGCGCAGGAACGGAGGGGGAGGGGGAGGAGGGGUUGGUGGGGACGGUUGAUUGGGUUGCAGGACUGUGAGACGGCAGAGGAGGGGGAGAAGGGGAAGAGGAGAGCGAGGGAGGAGCGAGGGGAUGUGCAUCCGCUUUUGAGAGGGGAGGUGGAGGCGUUCUGGCGUGCGAGGGAGGGAAGGAGCGAGACGGCGCCGGCAACGACGAUGACGCCUACGAUCGCGAGCGGCGACCCCGCCGCGAAUGUGGACGACGAAUGCCAGUGCUGCUUCGCGCCCAUCUCUCCCGACCCAGCACACUCCGUCUCCUGUUCUCCCUCUCCCUCUUCACAAUCCCCCUCCUCCCCUGCCGACACUCACUCCUUCUGCUACUCCUGCCUCGCCGCCCUCAUCCGCACCUACACCUUCGAAGGCGCCUCUCUCCCCGACUCGCUUCUCCAAGACGGAUCAAUCCCCUGUUUCGCCGCCUCCUCCUUGCCAUGCUCUCGUUCCAUCUCCCCUUCGUCCCUCUCGCGCGUGCUCGACCCCGCUCUGCGCGCCGCCCUCGACCGCCGAAUCCUCGAAACCACACUCGACCGCCUCGCCUCCUCUGGCGCACCCCUCGCUCGAUGCCCGUUCUGUCCCUACGCAGUCAUGCGGGAUUCGACUGCCUCGGCUGGACCGCUAGCGAGCGUCUUUGUCCCGGCGUGGGUGGGGACGUUCCCUCCGAGUGCUUGGGAGGCGGCGAGGACGGUCGUUGGGGUGGUAUGUCUGUCGGGACUGGUGCUGGUGGGAUGCGUGGUGGUGCUCCUCUUCGGCGGGUCAUCCAAGCUCGAGCGAACAUACGAAGAGCUCUACCCCUCCUCUCCUUCCUCACCCUCACCUUCGGACGACCCCGACUCACGAGCGACACCGCUCCUCUCGCUCCAAACCAACCUCCUUCUCGCGCCACACCACACUCCCUUCCUUCUCCUCACACACAUACGCACGCUCGUCAGCCGGAUCCUGAGUGUCAAACUCGGUCGGAAUACGGUCUUCGUCUGCGGCGCCUCGGGUGGUGCGGUGGUCGGAAGGGAGACCAGGGAGGGUGGGUGGUUGAGGAGGUUGGAGGGGGUGCAGGAGUUGCAGUGGGAGGAGGAGGAGGAAGUGGAGGGAGAAGAGGGGGUGGUGGAGGAGAUGAGGAGGGCGAGGUUGGUCGAGUAUCUUUGGCCUGCGGAGGCUGACGAAAGGGGCGAAGGGGAAGGAUGGGAACCCUGCGGCCGACUCUCCUGCACGCUCUGCUCCGCGCCGCUCAACCCCUCCGCGCCCGCCCUCCACCGAUGCACCUCCGCAUCCUCCUCUUCCUCGUGGACGCCCGCGUCGGAACAAGCCCAAGCGGAAGAAUCUCUCCGCCUCGCAGUCGAGAAAGCCAUGAGCGACGCGGUUAGUUGGGUUUGUGCGCGGUGCGGAGCGAGAGGGAGGAAGGAGGUUGGAGCGGGCGCUUGUAACAAGGUAACGUGCCGCUGCGGGACCGCCUACUGCCACCUCUGCCACGCCCCCAUCCCGCCCUCAGUGGGCUACACCCACUUCUGCCAGCACCCGCACGAUCCGCGCACGGGAACGUGCGAGAGGGGGUGCGGGAAGUGCGGGCUUUGGACGGAGCCGGAUGAGAGGGCGAGGGUCGAGAGUGCGAGGAGGAAUGCCCAGCGCAAGUGGGCGCUCGACCAUCCCGACUGGGCUGAGAAGGUCAAUCUCUCGUCGGCGUCGCUCAAGCGUGUUGGGCCCGACUUGGAUGUCGACUCCCUCGCGGAACAGGCGUGGGACGUGUACGAUGCUGUUGUCGCGACUGUCGCGCGGAUGCUGCUAUCGUGA